UGCUGAAAUGAUAGGCAGAUGGCUGACAGGCCUGUCCUUGGGCAGAUGGAUCCCCUGAUACAGACAUUGGAGCCCAAGCCCUGGGAUUGGCCAAAAACAGGGCUGUGUUGACCCAUAGGCUGGGCUUCGACAUUCUGUCAAACUGCAGUCUCAUCCAGAUGUAAAAAUUACAGCCUAGAAAUAGUGCUGGGGCAGUCUGCCCGGCUCGGCGUGGGAGAGGAAGUCACCAUGCAGGUGCUAACCAAGCGCUACCCCAAGAACUGCCUGCUGACUGUCAUAGACCGGUACUCGGCGGCGGUGCACAAUAUGGAGCAGGUGGUGAUGCUCCCCAGCCUUCUGCAGGAUGCGCAGCUGAGUGCGCCUGGCCGCUGGGCUGGGGGUCCGGAUCUCUACAACUGCUUCACCAUGCUCAAGGCCAUCUGCGUGGAUGUGGACCACGGGCUGCUGCCUCGGGAGGAGUGGCAGGUCAAGAUGGCAGGUGGUGAAGGCAAUGAGGCUGAGAAUGACGACACGCAGGCAACCGAUGGAGAGGUCUUGAGGCAGCUGGAUCUAGAAGCCCAGUUCCACCUGCACUUCUCCAGCCUUCAUCACAUCCUCACUCACCUAACCUUGAAAGCCCAGGAAGUGACGAAGAUAUACCAGGAGAUAACGGGACAGGCCAUAUAAGCCUCGGACUCUAGGGAAG